UAUUGAAAAUGUAAGAAAACAUAGAGAAAUAAAAAUUGUUAACAAAUAUAAUGGAAGAUAUGGAGCAAAUUUCUAUAUCUCACAACCUAAUUUUCAUAGUUGUACUAUUUUCGAUGAACAGACUGUAAUAAUUGAAAUGACAAAACAAAAAGUCAAUUUUAAUAAACCAAUAUAUAUAGGGAUGUGUAUUUUGGAUAUUUCCAAAACCAUUUUAUAUGACUUUCAUUAUAAUUAUGUCAUAAAAAAAUUUAAAGAUCAAGCAAAAUUGUUAUAUACCGAUACAGAUAGUUUAAUAUAUCAGUUUUUUGUUGAUGAUUUAUAUAAACAUAUUAAAGAAGAUAUUGACAAAUUUGACACAUCAGACUACAAAGAGGAUAAUGUAUAUAGUAUUCCAUUACGGAAUAAAAAAGUAUUAGGUCUCAUGAAAGAUGAGAACCAAGGGGAAUUGAUGACACACUUCAUAGGAUUACGUUCGAAAAUGUACACUAUGAAAAUUUUAAAUCAGCAAGCGGAAAUAAAAAAGGCUAAAGGAAUCAAAAAAUCUGCAUUAAAAGAACUGUCAUAUGAUGAUUAUUAUGCAAGUUUAUUUAAUAAAGUAAUAGUGGAAAUUUACCAAAAUUCAAUCAUUUCGAAAAAGCAUGAUGUUUAUACAAUGUCUCAAAUAAAGGUAGCACUCAGUCCAUACGAUGAUAAGAGAAUAAUAAAUUAUUUAUCCCCUGACACUCUUCCAUGGGGUUUCAAUGAUAAAUAAUUUAUUAUUAUUAUUUUAUAAAAUUUUGUAAAUCGUUUUUUAAUUAAUCUACAGCCACUCAACACGAAGCUCAGCUGGUACGGUAUUUAUACAUUGAAUAAAAUAUGUUUUUAAAUAAAGCUCCUUUUUAUUUUAGUCUCAAUUAAAUAAAUGGGAGGCAGUUUUCAUAGACCAAAAACGAUUUGUAAAAUUAAAAUUUAAGACUGAAAAAACCAUAAUACCUCAAACUCUACCUACAAUCUUCUGGGAUACAAAAACAUAUGGAACAAUACCAUGUUUUGAUUGUAAGAGAUUUUUUUGUUUUUGUGACAGAUCCUUAGAAAUUCACAAGGACACUAAUAUGUAUUGUUAUGAAACUAUGCCUGAUUCAUAAAAAGCCCUUAAUCCAUCGACCAUUACCAGCUUCUGGUGUGGGUGUACUUAAAAUUAAAGAAGAGAUUUUGUCCGAUGAAGAUUUUAAUUAUAGAAAAAAUUACAAUGCCCAAAUACCAGAUGACCAUCCACUACACAGAGACGACUUAAUUUGGGCCCGGUACAUUGAUCAGGUGACGUGGUCGUAUUGGAUGGAUAUUAAAACAACCUUAUGGAACGACAUAGCUGUGUAUCACUAUUAUGAAUUAAACUAUCUUGUAUAAUAAACUUUUAGAUUUGG